AUGGAUGGAAUUUACCAGCUUCAUUUUGUUUUUUCUCUACCUUUGUCAUGCUUUUCUCGGCCUCUUCAUUUUUUUCUGCAAGUUUUUUUUCCGCCUCUUUCCCAAAACCCUACUAUUCGCCGCCUCCCUCCUCACCGCCGCACUCUUCUCCGCACCCUCCUCGCCGCCCUCUUCGCUGCCUCAACUUUCGGCCUCGCCGCCUCGACUUUCAACCAUCUUCACUGCCUCCUCCUCACCAGCGCCUCCUCCUCGCCGCCUCGACUUUCAACCAUCUUCCUCCUCGCCGCCUCGACUUUCAACCAUCUUCACUGCCUCCUCCUCACCAGCGCCUCCUCCUCGCCGUCUCGACUUUCAGCCAUCUUCGCUGCCUCCUGCUCACCAGCGCCGCCUCGACUUUCUCUGCUAGGUUUUAGUGAUGUUCAAAUUUCCACACUGAAGAAAAAUGAAGCAUUGACAAGAGAGAGGGAAAGGGAGAUUGUACAGGUUCUAGAGUCAGUGAAUGAACUUGUUCAGAUCAUGAAAGAUCUCUCAGUCCUUGUCAUUGAUAAGAAACCAUAGUUGACGGGAUUGAUUACAAUGUACAGAAUGUUGCAAGUUCAGUGGAAGAUGGCUUUAAACUGUUAGAGAAGGCACCAAAUCAAAUAUCAUCUUCUCUGAUGUUUAUGCAACAACAUGUGCCUGAAAGGAGAGAUUCACUUGCUAAAUCCUGGAGAUCAAUGGCUAAUCCAUUGUCCGGACAGUGGCAUCAAGUUUCGCAUAUCGAAUAUGACAAUGCAGUCUGAUUUGCAACAAAGAUUAUCACAUGAAUUUGAUAGACCUAGUAGAUUGAGAAAUUGGCACCUGGAGGUCUCCAUUCUAUUGCAACACACGAAAAGAAGUUUCAGCCAGAGAGAAAAUUUUCUACCGACCUUAAUAACAUUUCGCGAGAUAAAUACAUUCAUGGGCAAGCAGACAGGAACUAAAGAAGCAAGUGUAUUUACUACUGACAUUGCUUUUGAUGAUCUCUUGCACAAAGAAAUUUCCCCCUCAUCUUGCUCACCUGCUUCUUCGUUCUUUGUUUCGGACAAUACAUGGUGUUUUGGAUUUCAGAUCAUUUUCCUGAAUUUCUUAUUUACGUCUCCAGUAGUAUAUACUUUGAGUUUCUUAGUUCUUUCCAUAUGUCUGGAAACAUCCAUUGGGCCAGAACUUUUAGAUGUGUUUCGUCUGACAAUGAGAUAAUUGGAAUUGAUUUAGGAACUACAAACUUAUAUUUUUAUUAUGGAAUGAAAGGUUAGACUUUUUAUUAUCAGUUUUUUCAGUUCAUCCGAAAAUUAAAUUAUUUGACAUGUUAUGUAGAAUGCUAAAAUUAUAGAAAGUUCAUAAAGAGCACGUACUACCCCUUCAUUUGUACCUUUUAGUCAAAAUAGUGAAGUACUUAUUGGAAUCCCAGCACAACAUAUGACACUCGCGAAUUUUACGAAACAAUUUUUGCAACCAAGCAACUGAUAAUCUAUCACUUCGAUGAUCCUCAAAUACAGAAGGAAAUGAAUACUGUUCAUUUUAAAACUGUCAAAGCACCUAACGGGGAUGCAUGGGUUGAAGUUCAUGAUCAAUAGUUUUUUCCUAUAUUGGUGCAUUUAUUAAGAUGAAAGAAAUUGCUGAGUCCUAUCUUGGAAAAUCUAUUUCGAAGGUAGUGAUUGCAAUUUCUGAAUAUUUCUACAAAGGAUGCUGGGAGGAUUGUUGAUCUUGAUGUGCAAACAAUUAUCAAUGAACCAACAACUGUAACAUUUGCGUUUGUAGCUAGGAGGAUUGCUUGUCUUGACGUGCAAACAAUUAUAAAUGAACAUAAUAACCAAACAUUCUUUGUUGCACGUCAAGACAAGCAAUCCUCCUAGCUACAAACGCAAAUGUUGCAGUUGUUGGUUCAUUGAUAAUUGUUUGCACAUCAAGAUCAACAAUUCUCCCAGUAUCCUUUGUAGAAAUAUGUAGAAAUUGUAAUCACUCCUUUGAAAUAGACUUUUUAAGGUAUGACUCAGUGAUUUUCUUUAUCUUAAUAAAUGCACCAAUAUAGGAGAAAACUGUUGACCAUGGGUUUCAAUCCACCCCCAUUAGGUGCUUUAACAGUUUUAAAAGGAACAAUAUUCAUUUCUUUCUGCAUUUGAAGAUCAUCGAAGUGAUGGAUUAUUAGUUGUUUGGUUGCAAAAAUUGUGUUCGUAAAAUUCGUGAGUGUCAUAUGUUGUGCUGGGGUUUCAACAAGCACUUCACUAUUUUGACUAAAAGCUACAAAUGAAGGGGUAGUACGUGCUCCUUCUGAACUUUUUAUAAUUUUAGCAUUCUGCAUAACAUGUUAAAUAAUUUAAUUUUCGGAUGAACUGAAAAUACUGGUAACAAACAUACUAACCUUUCCUUCUAUAAUAGAAAUACAAAAGUUUGUGGUUCCUAAAAUAAUUUCAAUUAUCUCAUUAUCGGACGAAACACAUCUAAAAGUUUUGUCCCGACGGGUAUUUUUAGAUAUCUAGAAAAAAUAAGAAACUCAAAAUAUGUACUAUUGGAGACGUAAAUAAGAAAAAUACAGGAGAAGGAUCUGAAAUCCAAAACAUCACUGCUCAUAGCUCGAAGCAUAACAAAAGCUGACUGAUCAAAGAAAGAAAGAAGAGCUCCGCCUCAAACAGAAGCCGAAUGAUCAAAGAAAGAAAAAAAACACCAUAACAGAAACCCCUAAACCCUCAUGGCUGGAAGGAUCACAGAAGCUGAACAAUAAAAGAAAGCAAGCAAGCUUACAGCUAUGCAGAAUGAUCAAAGAAAGAGCUUACAGAUCGCCACCUCAUGACUUGAAGGAUCACAGAAUCCGUCAUGUAUCAACGAAGGAUGCAAAAGCAGGCGAGGGGGAAAGUGCUUACCUAGGGAUUCAUUUGAGUUCAUGAGGUAGGCAAAACAUAUCUGAAAGUUCUGGCCAGAAGGUGUGUUUCCAAACAACCGGAAAGAACCAAGAAAUUCAAAGUAUGUUUAAGACUACUACUGGAGACAUAAAUAACAAAUACAGGAGAACAAUCUGAAAUCCGAAACAUCAUGGCUUAUGGCUUAUGGCUCGAAGCUUAUGGAUGAAAAUUAAAUGCUCAAAUAAAAAAUUAUAAUCUUGUGGUUCCUAAAAUGCCUAGUCCAGUAAUGUUCUUCGGUCCAUUUAUGCAAAGUUGAUAUUAUACUUUGUUAUUGUUUCCUUUAUUUUACUACCAAAGUUUGGUCUAAAAUAUCAAUGAAAUUUUAAGUGAA